AUGUCUUCACUCACUGGCAAGGCCCUCGACUGGGCGAUAACCGCCGCUGCUGGCUCCGGUUUCUUGCUGUUCGGAUACGACCAAGGAGUUAUGUCAGGAUUAUUGACUGGAUCAGCUUUCACAAAACAGUUCCCUGAGAUAGACACGACUCCAGGGGCUGGAGGCAGCUCGUCUUUACAAGGAACAGUCGUUGCCAUAUACGAAAUCGGAUGCUUUUUUGGUGCAAUCCUUGCAUUCGCAUUCGGCGAACGCCUUGGCCGGCGCUGGACCAUCAUGAUCGGUUGUGCAAUUCUUGUUGUAGGGGCCGCGAUUCAGACUGCCGCCUAUGGUAUUCCCCAGAUGAUUGUUGGGCGAAUUGUUGCCGGACUAGGGAAUGGCCUGAACACUGCUACCAUUCCUGUAUGGCACUCUGAGCUUAUGAAACCCAGUUCUCGGGGAAGAGGGCUUUCAAUUGAGCUGGCCAUUACAGUCGCUGGUGUCAUGAUCUCGUACUGGACUGACUACGGCAUGAGCUAUGUAAACAAUGAAGCACAGUUCAGGUUCCCGAUAGCCUUUCAAAUUUUCUUCGCCCUUCUUACAAUCGCCUUGAUAGUCUUUCUUCCGGAGUCACCCCGCUGGCUUAUCGCUCACGGUCGACCGAGUGAAGCUCGCACGAUUCUAUGGAGGCUGCAGAAGGACGCACAUUCUGUCAGCGAGAACCACCCAAUCAUCAACGCCGAAAUGCAUGAAAUUGAGCACGCAUUUGAGGAGGAACAAAGAGCUGCUGGGGGCGCCACAUUCAAAGCGAUAUUCAAGAGCGGUGCACAAAAGUUUCGCCGGAGAACACUCCUGGGUGUCGGCGGACAGUUUAUGCAGCAGCUCUCCGGCAUAAAUCUUAUCACCUAUUACGCGCCCGUAAUUAUGGAGCUGAGUGUUGGCAUUCCCCACAACACAGCCAUGCUACUCGCAGGCUUCAAUGGUAUCGCCUACUUCUUGUCCUCGCUCAUCCCAAUCUGGUGCCUUGAUCGGUUCGGUCGACGGAAGUUGAUGCUCUUCGCCGCUGCUGGCCAAGCAGUGUGUAUGGCUGUACUUGCUGGAACCGUCGCUAAUGGUAGCAAGUCGGCCGGUAUUGUCGCCAUUGUAAUGCUCUUCCUCUUCAACUUUUUCUUCGCGAUCGGUUUGUUAGCCAUCCCUUGGCUCCUGCCGGCCGAGUACGCUCCGCUCGCCAUCAGGACCAAAUCCGCCGCACUCGCCACGGCUUCGAACUGGAUUUUCACCUUCCUUGUUGUUGAGAUUACACCGAUAUCCAUCAACAGCAUCCAAUGGCGAACUUACAUAUAUUUUGCGGUUUUGAAUGCACUCUUCCUUCCCCUCAUUUAUUUCUUCUAUCCGGAGACAGCCAACCUCUCACUCGAGCAAGUCGAUCUGCUUUUCACUGGUGGGAAGGUUCUCCUGCACUGGCAACCAAGCAUGGGCGAACGACAAGGCUCUUUUGCCGUCCCGGCUGUUGCUACGCUUAGGAACGAAUCACCUGAGUCUAGGGAAAUGUACGGAGAGAAGUCGAAUGAAUAUGGCGUGCGGCAUGUCGAGUAA